CCAACAUACAACAGCCAUCACCCUCGUACUAAAACAUAUCCAUUGCUUUCGGGAUCUCAAUGUUCACCACUUUUGACAUAACAACUUCGAAUUCCCUGUCAAGCGGGAAGCCUCCUUCUCCGCCAACCUCACAACCCCGCCCCAAGAGGGCUCAAGUCUCACGCGCCUGCGACUGGUGUCGCUUGACCCGAGUGAAAUGCGAUUCUACCCGACCUUGUCGGAACUGCAAACAAGCCAAUAGAGAAUGUGUAAACUCAGGUCGCGAUGAUUUCAAAAGUGUUGCCGCAGCCACAAGAGAGGUUCAACGGCUGAGAAGUCAGGUGCAGCAACUUGAGAACAAGCUACUGAGUCCAUCUCCUUUACCUCAGAAUAUUGAUGCUGUGUGUAAGCGUUCAUUAAGGUGGAAAGGGGUUCGAGUGAAUGGCAUUCAGUACGGUCCAUCCUCGCUGGCGUACUUCACUCAUCGAUUAUCGACUUUCACCAAAUCGAGCUUUGAGACAAAUGUCCUGUCAAGUCCCAAACUACCAGCUACUUCAUCUCCGCUUAAUUGCGACCGACUGCAGCGUGAACAACAAGACGCUCUCCUCGACCUUUACUGGCAGGGCUAUCAUGCGAUUUAUCCGGUGAUCGAGGAGGCUGCUUUUCGACAACUUUACGACUCACUCUGGAGUGACAACACGACGAGACAGGCAGGUCCUCUGGUAGACAUUGUGAUCGCCUUAUGCAUACAGUUUGGCUCCUCAUACACAACUUGUGACAAUGUCGUUGUGCCUGAUCAGCCUGGUUUCGAUUUCUACCUGCAGGCUCAGCAGGCGCUGGUUCAAGAUUUGGAUUAUCCGUCUUUACAGUCGGCGCAAUGCUAUUUCCUCAGCGCCGUAUAUCUCUUGGCCUUGAAUAAAGAGAAUUCGGCCUACAUGAUGAUUCGAUCUGCCGUCGCCGCAGCAGAAUCACUUGGACUGCAAUUCGAUGGCGACGGUAAUGAGACCCAAGACAACGAAGGCUCAACUUGUACAAAAACAGGGUCCCGGUUAUGGAGAUGCCUUGUCACAUUGGACACACAGGUUUCUCUGCAUUUGGGCCGCCCCUUCGCAAUUUCAGAGCCCCAUCUGUACGAGCGCGAACACCCAGAAUCUGACAGUAUCGCUCAACUUGCCGGUCCAAAUUUCACCCUUUCGCAGUCCUCAGGCAUCAACUGGCUUCGCUUUCAGCAUGAGAGACAAGGCCUCUUUCAGAUCAUUCGUGAGAUUCAUACUGAAUUAGCGAGGGUAAUGGAGAAUGUUCUUUCGGAGAUUGAUCAGCCCGACUUUUAUCAGCACCCUUCAUCACGGGAGAAGUGCGCAAAGUAUCUCUAUGAGCAGCUCAAGCGUCUCAAGGCCUGGGUUGAGAAACUGCCGGGGAGUUUAAAGACACCACGGGUACAAGGUGUACCCUUCUCAGUUGAUCGCUCGCCGCUCGAUCUCAGCCAGGCCGAUCCCCUUUGGCUACAAAGACAACGGCUAGUGCUGGAAUUUGACUACCAUUCCUUAGUCAUUAUGCUCACUCGAACGUUCAACUCAUUUCUACCAACGCCAGCACUGGGCACUUUCAAUAGUGAUAACCACUGCAUAACUUGUGUGAACUCUGGCAUUAUGAUAACAAAUAUGUUGCACCAGCUCAGCAGGGAUUCCGGUAUUCUUGCUGGGUGCUUUCAAGUCUUUGACUGGCAGCGUACCGCCACAUUUGCUUUAGCUGGCUUCUCUUGCGGAUAUCCCAUUUGUCCAAUGUCCCCCACAGCGCGGAAGACGUUGACACUAGCUGCGAGGGUUUUUGAGAUAUUUGGAUCCAAAGGAGGUGUGCAAUUGACCAACAGUCUCAAGAUCAAAUGUCUAGAACUCGUGGAAGCAUUCAGAGCAAGGCUUGGUCUCGCUACACCCGCGACAACACCAGCCAGUAACCAGAAAAGCCCAGAAACGUUGGAUACGGUGGUGGAGCCGAGUAGCUAUCAGAUUAUGAGUGUUGGUGAGGAAGCUUUGUACAAUGCAGGUUUUGAUGCGACACUUAAUGAGGAUAUGUGGACUGUCGACACACCAAGUGGACUGCUCUGGGGCGACUUGUUAAAAGAUUUGGAUUCAGGCCUAGUUUCAUCUCUUGGACAGGUUGGGGUUGACGAUUGAUAUCGCCAUCAUAUUAAAUAGUGCCUUAGCCUUCCGAAAUGCUUCAGUCAGCAUUAUUGCCGUUGUUGUCAAAGACCUUUGAUCAG